AGUUUCAAACCCCGAAAUCACAAAAACUUUUUUCCUCCAAAUUAGAAAACCCUAAAUCCGAAGUGGUUUUUUGCUCCAAUUAUACAAAAUUCCCGAAUUCAAUUCUGAUAUCGUCGAAUCCAAAAGUACAAUCAGCUUGCUAGCUUCACUUUUUGAAAUCGCAGAAAUCUUCUUUCUACUGCUACUUGUAGGGUUUUCAGUCAUAUGUGCAAGUGAAGAAGCUGUACUGGGUUUCGAUUUUUAAUGGCUUCGGAGAAAGGAACCGUAGAAGAAAACAAGCCGGAGGAGGUAAAGGAAGAGGCGAAGGAGGAGCAGGAGAAAAAGGAAGAGGCUAAGGUCGAGGACGCAAAUGAAGAAGCAAAACAGGAUAAAGAGAAGUUGGGAGAAGAAGAACAAGACGAAGAGGUAAAGGGAGUAAAUGGUUCAGAGGAAAUGGAAACAGACAAGAAAGAGGAAGCAGAGGCGGAAGAGGAAGAAGGCGAUGCCGAUGCGGAAGAAGAAGAAGGAGGAGGAGGCUCAAAGGAGGCGAAAAAGAAAGGUUCCCGGAAGAAAGCUAAAUUAUCUCCUGUAACACCCAAUCAGAGUGCUAGGCCAACUAGGGAGAGGAAAACGGUGGAACGGUUCUCUGUGACAGCUACUGCAAGAACAUCUUCUGCCAGCAAGUUAUCCAUUAAAAAGGGUCAAGGUACACAACUCAAGGACAUUCCAAAUGUGGCCUAUAAGUUGUCUAAGAGAAAGCCUGAUGACAAUCUACAGAUACUCCACAGCAUUCUUUACGGGAAGAAAACAAAGGUGCAUAACUUAAAGAGAAACAUAGGCCAAUUUUCUGGAUAUGUGUGGGUUGAAAAUGAGCAUGAAAAGCAGAGGGUAAAAGUCAGAGAGAAGCUUGAAAAAUGUGUUAAAGAAAAGUUGUUGGAUUUUUGUGACGUCCUCAAUGUUCCAGUUAACAGAGCUUCUGUAAAGAAGGAAGAACUGACUGUGAAGUUGUUAGAAUUCUUGGAAUCUCCUCAUGCUACAACAGAUCUCUUACUUGCUAAUAAGGAAAAGAAUAGUAAAAAGCAAAAGGGAAAGGCUACAGAAACCAAAAGUUCAAUGGAUAAAGCUGUAAGUAAACAGGCAAAGAAGCAGAAAACUCAAGUAGGAGAGAAGCGCAAGCGAUCAUCAAAACUGCACGAUGAAGAAGCUGAUAGUGAACUGUCAGGCAGCAGUGAUGAGUCUCAGGACGAGGAUAACGAUGAUGAAGCUGCCCCGGGAAGAAGUGAUCAGGAAGGGAGUGGUUCUGAGGACAGAGAGGGAGAGAAAGAGGAAGAGGAAGAUGAAGAGGAAGAAGGGGAUAAAGAGCAUGAGGAUGAAGAAGAGGAAGAAGAAGAGGGAGUGAAAGGGAAGAAAAGAAGGCGAGAAAAGGACUCUGGGAUUAAAAUUGGGGGGAAGCCUAUGGCUGCAAAAAAGGGAACAUCUGCAAGAUCUCCCAAGAGCUCAGAAAAAUCUACCAAAAAAUCAUACAGUGCAGAUUCAAAGAAACGCUCUGCCGAUUCAACAACUAAGCCUGAGAAAGAGUCCAGUAAGAAGAAAAAAGUCGAGGGGGACAGUGGAAAAGAGAAAAACACAUCUUCAAAGGAAAAGGCUACAGGAAAGAAGCAGUCAGAAAAGUCUUCAACAAAGGCUUCGGAGAAAGAAGCAGUGAAACCAAAAAGUCGCCAGAAAUCUAAGCCGGAGCCUAGCAAAGAGGAAAUGCAUGCUGUGGUAGUAAAUAUUUUGAAGGGAGUAGAUUUUAACACCGCAACUUUAUCUGAUAUCAUUCGGCUCCUAGGAUCCCAUUUUGGAGUCGAUCUAAUGCACAGAAAAUCAGAGGUGAAGGAUAUAAUUGCUGAAGUAAUAAAUAACAUGAGCGAUGACGAAGAGGAUGAGAAUGAGGACGGAGAUGACGAAAAUGAUGCAUAAGCUUGUCAGUUAGUCGGAAUAUGCAUUUUGCUUACGAGCAUGGGAUGCUCGUUUUUAUGUUUUUUAGCUCAAAAUUGUAGGAUUCUCUGUACAGGGUUUGCUGUUACCUGUUUCGGUGAGCAUAGACUGCAUUAACAAGAAACUUAUACAGAUGGUGGCCCUAAACAGGUGGGUCUGUAUCAGGUAUUAUCGACGUGUCUUUGUUUAUGUACGCUUACAGGCUGACCUUUCCCGACAGUACUUGUGUUUAGUUAUAUAGUUGUUUGUUUUUGUAAACUCAUCAGAAAAUGUCACAUUUAGGAGAGCUCUUGAAUGUUACAAUAAGAUGUAGAGAACAUGUUUACAGUGGGGUUGUAUUUGUAUUUGAAAACUAAUUUAAUUGUAGUACUAUUAUGCUUCGGCAUUUUUAUCUCUGUUUUUGGCUGUCAAGGUAAUUUACUGCCC